GUGACGUAUUAUUGUAUCCGUAAAUCAGUUGCAUUGUGAACGAUGAAGUGAAACGAUGGUUAUAUGUUUAGUGUUUUUAUUUGCAAUAGUUCAAGCAAGUAUAGAUAUCUGCACAACCCCAAACAAUGAACCGGCACAAUGUAAAUCUUUGUACGAAUGCGUGCCACUUCUUCAAGGUCUGCUGACCCAAGACCCUAAGGUGGUCGAAUUCGUAAACGAGUCGCACUGCGGCAAUUUAUCAACCGAGCCUCUGGUUUGCUGUGGUUCCUCUUACACCUACAUCCAUGGGCCAGAGCAAAUUGAGCGCAUAUGCGGUUACCAGCAUUCGGAUGACUACUUCCGUGUGGAUACAGCAGUUGCGGCGAUUGACGAAUAUCCAUGGUUGGCAAUUUUAAAGUACGAACAAGAUCCCGAUUUAAUCGCCGACGGCAACGAUUUUGACGAAUUCACCUGCGUGGGUGCUUUGAUCGGGUCCAGAUAUGUACUCACGGCGGCUCACUGCUUGAGGAUGCGCACAUCCGCUGCUGUAGGUGUACGCCUUGGGGAGUACAACAUAAAUGAAGCUCAAGACUGCGUUAAAAGUGGCGUGUUCGAGGUAUGUGCCGACCAAGUGCAGGACAUAGCGAUACAGUCUAAGAUAACUCACCCGCAGUACAACAGAAGGUAUGGACUAAACGAUAUCGCUUUGAUUAAGCUAAAACACGCUGCGGUGUUCAAUGAUUUCGUCAGACCUAUAUGUCUACCUUCUUCGGAUAAGGACCAUGCGAAAGUAGGAGAAAUCAUGCAGUUUUCCGGAUUUGGGGAAAUUACUCACGAUGGGCCGUCUACGGAGGUAAAGAAGAAAGUUCUGGGAGCCUUGCUGAGCAACGAGCAAUGUAGCAAAUAUUAUACCAACAGCACGGGAUUACAGCGUAGUGUUAACGAAAAUUCUAUUUGUAUGCGAGAAUUGCCCGUAAAUGGGGUACACUUCUGUGGUGGUGAUUCCGGUGGGCCGUUAAUGUAUUCAAAUAAAAAGCGGUGGCAUGUGGAGGGAAUAGCUGCCUGGGGCGCACAGAUUUGCGAUGGGAGAUAUCCUGCGGUUUUUACGAAGGUCUCACAGUAUCUCAGUUGGAUUAUGGGAGUUACUGAAAGUUGACCUUGUAUUUUUACUUUAAUUCGGAGCAGCGUAAUUAGCAAUUUUAUUAUUAAGUAUUGUAAUUUACAUGUAGUUUUACGCGAUUAUCCGGUAUUUUUGUAUAGCUAGACUAUAACACGCCCUGUAUUGUACAAAAUAUAGAACGUACUGUUUAGUUUUUGAACUUUGAAACAUUCGGUAGUCAUUUAUAGCAUAAUAAACAAAAAUUAUGUCAAUUUUUAAAUUUUACGUGUAAACAUUUGCAAGAUAAGCGCGCAUAAAUACAUGUAAAACUAGAAAUCUCUUUUUUAAUUGUUCAUCCUAUACCCACACUGACGAAGUGUAGGCAAGCACAGUCCAUCUUGGAAUUGAAUGGACCCUUCCCCUUCUACCAAUCUUCAAAAUGUUAAAUUUAAACAAAUGGCCAAUACUCCGAUAUUAUAUCGACCGUCCGGCAUAACAAUAUAUCGGCCGAUAUUGGCCGUAUCGGUCGAUCCCUACAUACGAUGACUUUAUUCAUCAAACACGUCCAUUUUUACUUGUUGUUCACU